AUGUCCGUCGACGCAUUUCCGCUUAGCGAUUUGAUUUACAUCAAGGGUUCACCGGUGGACCUCGAGAGCUUGAAGGGGAAGAAGAUUGUGGUUUUGGAGUUGUGGGCUACGUGGUGCCCGCCCUGUCAGGUGGCGUCUCAGUUCCCCGACGUGGUGUUUAUAGGGGUGACCAGCGAGGAGGACGUUGAACAUGUGAAGAGCUUCGUCGAGCAGAUGGGGGAAAAAAUGGCAUACACGGUGGCAAUUGACAACACCAACCGAGUGACGCAGCAGUACAUGAAUGAGUUUAAGUUAUCAGGUAUUCCUUGCGCGUUCGUGAUAGACUACGAUGGGAAGGUGUGCUGGAAUGGCCACCCGCUUGAAGACGGGAUGGUGGAAACAAUCAAGCGAAUCAGGCGGUAG